UUUUAUGAUCAUAUGGUAGUCAAGGUACACAUGCGCCAUCUGGGCAAAUAUUAAUAGUUUCAGUAAAGAGCAAACGUUCUUCGUUUCCUACAUCGCGAACAGGAUGUCGACGCAUAAAAAGAAGACAAGGAAGCUCCGUGGUCACGUGAGCCAUGGCCAUGGACGUAUAGGUAAACACAGGAAACAUCCUGGUGGACGUGGUAAUGCUGGUGGUUUGCACCAUCAUCGUAUCAACUUUGAUAAGUACCAUCCUGGUUACUUUGGAAAGCUUGGUAUGCGAAAUUAUCAUUUAAGGCGGAAUACAAAAUGGUGCCCCACCUUAAAUUUGGAUAAACUAUGGACAUUAGUUUCUGAACAAACCAGACUUAAGUAUAAGGAUUCAGAAAACAAAGUUCCAAUAAUUAAUUUGGUUAAAGCGGGAUAUUACAAACUUCUGGGCAAAGGACGACUUCCUAAACAACCAGUUAUUGUUAAAGCCAAAUUUUUCAGUAAACGGGCAGAAGACAAAAUUAAGGCAGUUGGAGGAGUUUGUGUUCUGUCUGCCUAAGCAUACUCUGGUACAUAUUUUAUAAUAAAACAUUGAUAAAUAUGAUUAAAUUGUAAAAGAUUAAAGCAUUUAAUGAUGAUAAUACGAACGGGCGGUCAGAAAAGUGCGUACAACACUUAAAACCAUGUAGAUUGUUCUAUGUAACUGAUUACACCAAUCUAACUUCAUAAUAUUUUGUAUUUUUUCAUAAAUAAAUUAGUAAAACUUCUUUUACAUUUCAGGAACCGAAACGUUCAUCAACAAGUCUUCUGUACAUUCUAAUACGUUCAUAUUCUUAAUAAAUUUUAACAAUAACAGAGAAAAAAAGAAAAA